AUGGCCUACGCAUUGCUUAUACUCAUCAUGGCUCUAGCCAUACCCCACAUCCCUGCACAAGGGGCUGCACCACUGCCAACCGCAGCCAAGGAGUACCUUCAAGGACACAACCAAGCAAGGGCAGCAGUUAGGGUUAGCCCGCUCAAGUGGAGCGAGGGGCUAGCUAAUGCCGCAAGCCGAGUAGUCCGAUACCAAAGAAACAAAAUGAGAUGCGGCUUGGCAAGCUUGACCAACCGCAAUUAUGGUUGGAACCAGUUGUGGACAAGCGGCAAGACCUUGACACCACGCAUGGUCGUUGAUACAUGGGUGAAAGAGAAGCAAUACUAUAACUACGCCAACAACAUGUGUCUGCCAAACCACACGUGCCGCGUCUAUACUCAGGUCGUGUGGAGGAAGUCUCUGGAGUUGGGGUGUGCUCAAGCUAGAUGUGUGAAGGAGGGCACUAGCAUAACUAUAUGUUUCUAUAAUCCUCCUGGAAAUAUUGUGGGGAAGAAGCCGUACUAG